CUGUAGGUGAACAACAAGCAACAAAUGCCGUUUUAUUACUUUUUCCAUCGAGGAUUCUCCUAUUAAAGUGAACUCCACAGGUUAUCACAGUACUGUUGACCGUUACCAUCCACAGCCAUUAUUACGAUGGCUCCGCCCCGCAUAACUACUCGUAUUCCUAUUGGUUAGAGCCUGUCAGAGACAGCCAAUCAGAAGUCAAAGAGCGCAGCUUGCAGCGGUUCAUAGGAGUGCCGCUCAGUGUGUCCGCUUUAGAGGAAACUUGGAUACGUUCACGGUGCGACCCUCAUUCAUCCGCUCAAUUAACAGCUAAUUAGGCUUCAAGCUGGAGUCAGGACUGUGUGUGUCAUUCAUCACGCUUCUAACGACGUGGUUACCGCUUUGCUACUCUGCUGGACCUCUGGAGACAUAAACUGCGUUUGAAGGCGGCGGAGGACACGGCCUGACAUGUCAGACGACGCGGGGUGCGAGUUUGAAAUCGACGUGGAGAGCCUGGAGGCGGAGAGCGACGACCCGGCGGAACCCUCCAGCCGCCCCGGCUCGGCGCCGCUCGGCCACGCCGCCUCCGAGGAUGACGGAGACUGCGCAAAGGGCGACGAUAAACCGGGCCCCAGCGGCCUGUGCUCGGGUGAUCAGAGGAAACUGAGCCGGACACCGAAAUGCGCCCGCUGCCGCAACCACGGCGUGGUGUCCUGCCUGAAGGGGCAUAAGCGCUUCUGCCGCUGGAGGGACUGCCAGUGCGCCAACUGCCUGCUGGUGGUGGAGCGGCAGCGGGUGAUGGCGGCGCAGGUGGCCCUGAGGAGGCAGCAAGCCACGGAGGAUAAGAAGGGAAUAUCUGGGAAACAAAUUCCAACAGAGAGGAGGAUAUAUCAGCGACACAUCCGACCGUCCACCAUGCUCGCCAAAAGCAUCCUUGAAGGAUACCGUCCAGUGCAGCCUGAUCCAUUCCUGACAGCUAACCCGUCUCUUCCUCCACUGAGCGAACGCAUGAGGAAGAGAAGGGCCUUCGCUGACAAGGAGCUGGAGACGAUCAUGAUGGAGCAUGAAUACAAAGAACGAGAGCUGAUGGAGAACAACCAGGCAGCCCCAGGCCCGCGCCUCUUCCCUAACGGCAUGGUCCACCACGCUGCUGAAUACAACUCCUACAAGACUUCCUAUUCACCUACCGCUCCGGUGGAACCACAGUCCAAAGAGCUGUGUAGCUUCCUCAACCCUAACUGCCUGGAUCUCUCCAUGCAGUACCCUCCUGGCUCUGCCAAUGUGGAGCUUAUCUCUUCCAACGUCAGCGUGGCCACCACCUAUCGCCACUACCCCCUGCAGCCGUCGAGAGGUGGCUUCAUGAUGUGGCCCCGCAGUGCUGCCAACCUGGGUGAUGCUUUGCUGUAUCAGCAGUGUCUGUUCAACGCCACGGCGGUGCAGAACAUGAAGCCAGGGGCCGUGUGGGAGCCCAAAGUGAUGCCUGCUGAGAGCCAGCCGCCAGAGCAGGAGGCUGCAGCUGCUAUCGCUGCUAAACUAGAGGGAUCUCGAGCCGCUGCUCUGCAGGACUCAUCAGACCCCCAAAGGGCUGAUCCAAAACCUCCCAGUGUCACCCAGCUGGGGCAGAGGGAAUGCUCUGCCUUCUCUCCCCCAAAACGGAGCUUCGGACAAUCGUUCCCCAAUAACCCUCAUUCCCAAAACUCCACACAAACCCUGAGCAAGCUGAGCAAGGACAGUGCUAAGCUUUCCAUGAAACUCAACUCCUUUCACUCUCUUAUCCAGCACUCACUGAGCGAGAAAAACAGCGGUGGAGCCGGGCCUGAGCUCAGAGCUCCGUACUGUAAAGAGCUCCUAGAAGAAGCUGCCCGCAAGGUCAGGGAGGGCACUGCCAAGGACAUUCAGGCUGUAAAAAUCACAAACAGGUAUGGAAAAGACUUUGUGACCAAGCCUGUGGGGACCAAGGUGGCAUCCAGCGAGUCUCUGUCCUUUUCUGUGGAAGCCAUACUGAAACGACCCACACCUGCCAUGAGCCGAGCAUUCCAAUAACCUACACAAAUCCUCUUUUCUUGCACUAUAAACUUCAGGUUUGUUUCAGUCAGAGAUCAGCUUCAAACGCAGGUACUGCGUCACAACAGUCUGGAAUUAUUUUCUCAUUGUUAUAUUAAUGUAUAGAAGAUCAUAUUUUACACAUGCAUGUUUUUAAUAAUAUUAUUGUGUAGAGUAUUUAAACAUUAUCCAAUGUUUUCCUCAUGUCAAUAAACUUUAUAAGACUGAACUCUU